AUGCCCGCCCUCUCCCUGCCCCCUCCCCCAGCCAUCCGCCUCCUCAACACCUCCCUCCCCCUCCUCAUCCUCUCAGAACGCCUCGCCUUCUACCCGGGCAGCUGCGUCUUCAAACUCGUCUCCUCCGCCGCCUUCCUGGCCGGCCCGCUCUACUACCUCGCGCCCUCCCCUUCGCCCCUCCACUGGCGACCAUGGCACCCCUACCACCUGCGCAUCGCCGCCGGCCUCCUCUUCUCCGCCGUCGGCGACUACUGCCUCAUCCCCGCCCGCGCGGAGAAGGAGGAGGAGGAGGAGGAGGAGGCAAAGAAACCAUCCACCUCCGUCAAAGUCGGCGUCUGCGCCUUCGCCGCCGCCCACGCCGCGUACAUCCUCGCCUUCUUGCAAAACAAUACUAGCCACAGCAGCAGCAUCUCCGGCACCAGCACAACUGCCGCCGCCGGCUCCUCCUCCUCCUCCUCCUUCUCCCGGCCGAUAUUCACCAGCACAUUCGCCGCCGCAAUGCUCCUCGCCAGAUGGCUCGGCAUCAUCUACCCGCCUGCCAACGGGCGCGGGGAGCGGAAGCAACACAAGACCAAGACCAAGGCCAAGGCCACCACCACCACCACCACCACCACCAACGGACCGCAGCGUCUGCUCCGCACGAACGUCCUCAACCUCGCGAUCCCAGCCGACAUGCGCGCUCUCAUCGGCGGCUACGCCGCAAUCAUCAGCGGGAUGUUGGCGGUUGCUGCGUCGACUGCGACUGCGACUGCAUGGCCGUAUCAGCUUGCGCUGGGCGCGGCCAUGUUUGUUGCGUCCGACCUCUUCGUGGCGGAGGAUAUGUUUGGGAGACGACGACGGCGGCGUGCGCAGCGUCCGGGGUGGCUGCGGCCGGCGUUGGGGUUUGGGUUGUAUUUCUGGGCGCAGAUGGUGAUUGCGGGGACGGUGGGGGAGAGGUGA